UGAUCAGAAGUUUUUUUAUUUAACACAUUGCUAUAUGCUUUAACAAUGUGUAAUGUUUUUUUUGUACAGGGUGCUUAAGUUGUAUCCUAAAGGCGACAACAGUACAUGUUCCACAUGGUUGUCCCUCUUUCUCCAUUUAGCCGAUAGUGAAACUAAAACAAUGACGACAGGUGAGGAGAUUUACACGCAGUGCGAUAUGCGAAUUCUCGACCCGUUUGGAUCCCACCACGUGACAUUGAAGCUUAACCAGUGGCACAAGAACACCUCAGGUUGGGGAUGGUCUGAAUUUGUGUCUUUAGCUAAACUUGAAGAGGCUUACUUGGACAAACAAGGCUCUCUGAAAGUGGAGAUCGAAUUUGAAGUUGUUUCUAACAUCACAUACUCUCCAUGAAGAUCUAAACACACACACACCAUUUAGCUCAUUCAUUAAAUCAGUAAUUCAACUUAUUUUAUGUUUUGUUUAUUGGGAUUCUUAUCUUUGAUUAUUCGGAAGAAAUAUUUGACUGUUGCUAUUUAGCUUUUGGCUUUUUAUUUUAUUUUUUAAUAUCAUCAAAAAGACAUCUUGUUUUAUUGAGUGAAUUCGGUUGCAUUACUUUGUUCAUGUUUCGGUUUACUAUGGUCAUUGAUUUUUUAUUAUGGUUUGUUCAAAAUCAGAACCGGUUCAAUCAACGACAGCUGAACAAAUUAAAACAAAAAAAAAUCACAAUUUAUAUACACUUAUAUAUAUUUCUCUCUCCCCUUGCUUCACUAUUUUCUCACUUCCUUAAAGCUCCAAAAAUCUCCAAAACAAUGGCGGUUCCGGUUGUUGAUCUCCCGAACAACUCUGAUUCAUCAUCCGAUGAAGACUUCAGCGACUCC